ACAACAGUGCCACGUCAGCAGGCCCCCGGCCUGGUGUAUGCUUACGCGCUCGCAAACAGCCGUCAUGGACCAGAUGUCCGGGGAAACGGACGAGGCCUAUAAGGCUCGGAUGCUGCUUCUGAUUACCGAAGCCAAGCAACGGUCGAAUGCAGUAGCAGCCGCAGCAAAGAAGAAGGCAGAGGACGCCGAGAAGGCACGUCUGUUGGCAAUUGAACAGCAGCGCCAGCAAGACGAGGCAGCAGCAAAGGCUGCCGAUGAAGAACGACUUCAACGACGCGAGAACAUAUUCAGCGGAGAGCGAGCUUUGCUUACAAUGGCAGCGAACUGGCUGGCCAAGGCUGAGAAUGGGAAGCUGAAAGAGAGUGGAAACAAGAUCGCUCUACUCCUCUCCCAUCUCACGGACCUCCUGGCCACGUGCAUUGCACAACAGGAGGAUAUUCACAACCUCGACGACGUGGUUCAGACACACAAUCAGGUGUUUGACCAACUCACCAGCCGCCUCCAGCAGCUGGAACAAACCGUCGCCGCCCCCGUUGCCAGCCCUUCCAACACCUCCGAUCGCCUCGAGGCAUUGGAGAUUGACGUCGGAACCCUCAAAGACGGCGUGCAUGGGUUGCUCGUCGAAAGGCAAGGGCAAAUUGGGAAACUGAGCACCGCCAAGAGUGACUCGACGACACUGACACCUUCGGAACCGGUCGCUUCGCGGGUGACCGCCCUUCGUUCCGAGACACAUGCGGAAGUUGAUAGUCCUCCUCUUGUAUUUUCUUAUGAGGACUAUGCUUUCCGGCUCGUUCCUACACUGGGUACUCAUGCUCAAGCACAAGACAUGUGUGUGGCAUCUUCUCCGUCCGGCAACGACAACUUAUCGUCUUCAAGUGGUUCUUCACGGGAUUCGGCACGCGAGUUCAACAUAGAGGUAUUGGACCCACUCACGUCCGAGGAUUUCGCAUGGCUUCCUCUCCCGACCACAGGCCGCUUGCCGGGACCACAAUGCGCAGCAUUAUGCGCUCAUCUUCACACGUACUUAUCCUUCUAUGCACCACCAACUUUGCCGACGGAUGAUGAAGUCGCGGUGGGGGACAUCCUUGCGUAUGUUACCAAGGUGGCCCGCGAGUUUCGCAAGCAGUGGUACGAUGACAACAACGCACCGCUCCUCUAUGUCCGCAUCCAAGUUGGGCAAGCGUCCUGCAGCGCUUUGUUGGAUAGCGGCGCUGCGGAUCACACGGUCAACUUCCACCGGCGGACUCUUACCGUUCGCGACGCCUUCGGCGCCGAAGUGUCGUCCACUAUUCCUCUUCCGCACCCUUCGAUUCGAUGCCAAGUGGUAACGGCCAAGUCAUUCCGGGCUACUUUUGCUUACGAGCAACCCGACAAAAUCGGCCUAUGCUUCCUACGGACCAUCGCGGUAGCCGACUCUUCACCCACGGACUUGUCUUCGGACCCCCGUGUGGUGCGGUUGCUUGACGAGUUCGCCGACAUCUCCGAGUCACCUACCGGUGUGGUGCCGGAUCGGCCGAUUUCUCACGAGAUCAUUCUUGAGGCCGGUGUCGUGCCGCCGAAAGGUUGCAUUUAUCGCAUGAGCGAGGAGGAGCUUACGGUCCUCCGCGCGCAACUCGAUGACUUGUUGGACAAGGGUUGGAUCCACCGUAGUAGCUCUCCAUACGGAGCGCAAGUUCUCUUCGUACGGAAGAAGAACAAGAAUCUACGAUUGUGCAUGGACUACCGCAAGCUCAACGCGCAAACCGUCAAGAAUGUGGGGCCUCUUCCUCGCAUCGACGAUCUUCUUGAGCGAUUGGGCGGCGCAAAGUAUUUUUCUAAGUUGGAUUUGAAGUUGGGAUAUCAUCAAAUCUCGAUCCGACCGAACGAUCGUUACAAAUCCUCGUUCAAGACGCGGUAUGGGCAUUUUGAGUGGGUGGUCAUGCCUUUUGGCCUCACCAAUGCCCCGACGACCUUUCAAGCGGCAAUGACCAACAAGUUGUGUGCGAUAUUGGACCGGUUUGUGUUGGUCUAUUUAGAAGACAUUCUCAUCUACAGCCGGUCAUUGGAGGAUCAUCUUGAGCACUUUCGACGAGUGUUGGAGACGCUCCUCCGCGGCAAGUGCGAAUUUGUCCGGCAAGAGAAUACUUGGGCCAUUUUGUCACACCGGAGGGCAUCAGUCCGCUGUCGGACAAGAUUAAAGUCAUCCAAGAGUGGGCGGAACCACGGAACGUCACGAAUGUCCGUUCGUUCCUCGGCCUUGCCAGCUACUACCAACGUUUUUCACGACAAGUACGCGAAUUGUUCCUCUCCUAAUCCGGCGCCUUCUCAGUACCGGAUCCAAGAGGGGUACUUGCUUAUCCACACGCGGGGAAAGGACCUUCAUUGCGUACAGAGUGACUCUCACUUGCGUACACGGCUUCUUGCGGAACAUGACGAUUUUCUCGGGCGACGAUCGCAAGACCCACCCUCUAUGGGCGGUUUUCAAGAGGUCGGCGACAUCAUCUCCCAACGGCGCUAUGACAACAGGCCAACCGAGUACUUGGUACACUUUGUGUACUGCAGUCAUAGAGCUGACCGUUGGUUGACCCGUGCAGAACUCCAAGCAACAGCUCCAGAUGUUCUCGCACACUACGAACGCAAGAUGCAAGGCAAGCCGGUAUCUUCGGCUCCACGUCGCACCCGCAUCCACGUUCCACCUUCAGAUCGUCAGCUUCGCCCUCGUCCCGGCUUGACUUCAUAAGGAGGGGGGGGUGUUACAUGCUGCGCCUGCAACAGGGUGCACGGGCCCCCUUUCAGGACCGUGACGUUUUCAGGCCAAAAGC